CAUGUGCUUGGCCGUCCACCUGAACUGAGCGAUAUCGAAAUGGUGAAUGGCCCACGCGGUGGCGAUGUUGGCCUCGGUUGUGACCAGCAUGUCGAAUUGGAUUGCGCGGACGUGUUUGCGCAAGCGACUGCGUUCGAAGGAGAGCUGAUCGCAAUGGGCAAAGAGAUGUUCGGCCGUUUGCUUCGGUUUGCCACAGCGGCAUUGGUGUGUGUCGACCAACUGGAGUAAAGACGAGAGGUCAGACUUGCAGAGUCA